CAGGGAUCACAAAAUGAUUUUUGUGAUAUGUCUCCACCGGGAUUUGAACCCGGGACCUCAAGAUCGUGCACUGCACCACAGAGGCGUUAUUAUAAGUGAAACAUCCUUUGUGGAGGUUUAUGGCUCCAAGGCUGUAUCAUUCACACGCAGCGUAAAAUUAUAAGCUGUAACAAACGUCAAUGGUUGCUUAGCAACUACCACAACAAAACAUAGUACGUAUCAAGAAAAUAUUGUUUUGCAGUUUAAAAAUAAUUUAGAUUCUACUAUAGAUAAAGUUAGUGAAGUAAAUAGACAUGAAGUCGAUAGUAAACACGAUACUGUUCGAUGUGUCGAAGAACAAUCUGUUUAAGAUCAACGAGAAUUAUAAGAUGCUGCAUCGCAAGCUCAAGACGACGUGGAAAGUUAUGAUAAACCGUGAAGAGUUAUCAGAGAACAUACUGCAAGACGUAAAGAUCCUAGUGGUACCAGGACCACAGAAUGUGUUCACAGAUGACGAGUUAGCCUGCCUAAAGGCGAUGGUGGAGAGAGGAGACUCGGUGCUGGUCACCAUGACUGAUGGUGGCGAAGAGAGGAUGAACACCAACAUCAACUUCUUCUUGGAAGAAUAUGGAAUUGUUGUUAAUAAUGAUUGCGUUGUGCGCGCCAAAUACCACAAGUUCUAUCAUCCGAAGGAGUGUCACAUAUCCAACGGCAUCCUAAACCGAGCGGUCCAGAAGCACAUCAUGAAAAUGCCCAAUUAUUCUAGUGAAUCUGAUGAUUAUUUGGAAGAUCCAGCAACACCCAACUUCGUGUACCCUUAUGGAGCAACCCUGACUGUGAAGAAGCCUGCGAGCGCCAUAUUGUCUAGCAGUGACGUCUGCUACCCUGUCAAGAGACCCAUCGCGGCCAUGUACACUUCUGAACGGAGCGGUGGAAAGCUAUUCGUGAUCGGAUCGGGCCACUUUUUCGCGGAUCAGUAUUUGGAGAGCGAGUGCAACGACCUCAUUCGGGAUAUGAUCUUCAGCCAUCUCGGCGGCACCACGGAGAUACACCUUAACCCUGUCGAUGUUGAAGAUCCUGAUAUCAACGAGUACAGGACCCUUGGGGACAUGAUGUGGCUGAGCACCGUCCCAAUACCGGAGCCAGCAACAGUGCCUCCCCCGCGGUUGACGCCGCUGCAUCCGCAUGCACUCUUCACUUGGCGACUGUUUUCCCUCAACCUAGCGCAACUGCCAGAGGUACUAGGGCUAUAUGAUGCACUAGGAGUGAAACAUGAACCUCUACGACUCAUUGCUCCUCAAUUCGAAACGCCUUUCCCACCUCUGAAGCUGGCGGUGUUCCCCCCGACAUUCAGAGAGCCUCCACCGCCGCCACUGGAGCUAUUCGACCUGGACGAGGCUUUCAGCUCGGAGCGCUCCCAGCUCGCGAGGUUGACCAACAAGUGCUUGCAACCGGCGUCAUCUAGGAUGGGGCAAGGAGACAGUCGUCAGUUAGAGAAUGAGCUGGAAUACUUCAUCAGGGAAUGCGGCAGAGUGGUGCGGCUGUCUCGAGCGUUACCUUCAGAAGAUGCACCAGCUGGCAAGAUAAUCCUGCAUCAGUUGGCGGUUCAACUCGCUACUUAUAAGAAGAUUGCUCCUAGGGACUAGUCACUGUAGCAUGCUAGCGCCAACUGCAUACCUGAUCCAUAGCCUGGACCCUCCAUAAGCUCCUCCAAAGCCUAAAGCAUAGGUGCGAGCAACUUUUGCCUAGCUAUUGUUAGUUAGACUAUAUCAAUUGGGUAGUUUCUUAGGUCAAAGAUAAAUUAUGAAAUUCUGAUUAUUAAAUAAAGACAGAUCUAAAGGUGACAAGAAACGUUUUCUUUUUUCUAUUGAACAUUUCUUUAAUUUUAAUAAAGAAAAAUGUA